AUAACCGCAACAGCGCUGGACUGGUCACGACUGCUUCCUUGCCGCUGUACAAGCAGCACGCAGACCUCAGAAUGUUUGAUGACAUAUUAAAUCACGGAUAGCUUUUCCGGGGCCAGGGCUGCGAGGGGCGGGCCAAGGUCUCCCAAGGUGGACUGCGACGCGUCCAGGAUGCAGCAAGGCCCCGCUGAUGCCGAAGAGCACAACUAUGCAGCUCUAUACGCAGCUGCAACCUGCUUGCCGGAAGUCAUUGUGGAGAUAAAGGGGCAUAGAGCGCGCGUGCUCGGCGGCCACCGGGCUUCAUGUGCAUCAAUCUUUGUGCUUCCCGUUGCGGCGGACACUGUUCCAAAACAUUCGCCUCUGGAGUUGCAAUGCAAUUACGAAAUCGUCAAUGGGGGCAGUACUGCUGGCGACGCUUCGCGGCCGGUGAAGCGGCUACCCAUACCCCUACCAACUUCAGGUUACAGCGCAUUGUCGCUGCUCGAGUUUUGGGAUGUGCAAACACACAAAGCGCGGCAGAACAGGGACGAGCCCCAGCCGCGCACAGGCGAGCAGCUGGACCAGCUGUGCAGGCAGGAGCUGGUGGUGGUCGAGCCCAACGGCAAGGCCGCAAUGAGCCUAGCAGAUUUCCUGCAGGCGGCUGGCGCGAUCCUGGGCGGACAGCAGCUGGCUGGACGCCUGCUCCGCGUGCUUUGGUGGGAUGAGGCGGAUGACAAGGGCGGAUAUGCACCGCGCUGGUUCCAGGCAGAAAUUACUAAGUACGACUCCAAGACCGGUCGGCAUUCGAUCCGCUACAAGUCCAAAGAGCUGGCCAACGAGAAGCCGCACGAGCACGUGUACCUGCCGCUCACGCUGCACCACAUGAACCGCUACGCGCCGGAUGCAAUCUACAUGUUCCAAACCGCCGGGCCCUGGCAAGCGUCGCCGCUCAAGCAGCAGCAGCAGCAGCCGCAAGGCUUGGGUGGCCACGCCGCCGCAACCAACCACACUGCAACGAAUGCCACCGCCGUCAGGGGCAUGACAGGAGCAGCGGCGGGGGCGGGUGGAGAGCGCCUGCCUCGGGAGCUGCUCCGCCUGCUAGACCGUGCUACGGAACCAGCGGCCAGCAGGCCAGCUGCUGGCGGCGGCGGAGCGCAAGACACGAUCACAGCAAGCGCAGGAACGCCGGUCGCAUCGUCCGCACCGGCCAGUCUCGCUGCUGGCAGGGGCUCUCGGGGCCGGGGGCGCGGACGCGGGCGUGGCCGGGGCCGUGGCAGGGGUCGGAGCGUCGGCGGCUCGCCAGGUGCCAGCCCGCCAUCUGAGGCGGGUGAGAAUGCUGCGGCGGCAGCGGCGGGGCGAGGUGCCGGCGGGCUGGCCGGAGUAGUAGUGGCUAUGGGCCGCGGGCGAGGGCGGGCCCGGCCGCGCGGAUGGGGCCGGGGCCUCGGCGGUGGCAGGGGGCGAGGAAGUGGUGACCCCUGCGCCGCUGGUGACGAUGCGGAAGACGCGGUGGCGGAGCCGGAGGCGGCGCUUUCGGCUCCUAUGCAGCAGCUGGCAGCUGCCGCCGCCACCGCGGGUGCGGCUGACGGCUCCAUUGCUGCUGGCACAGGAGCAGUGGACGAGGCAGCUCCCGGCGCCGGUGCUGCCGGUGAAGCUGCGGCAGCAGGGCCGGCGGACGCUCCCUCUGGCGACGGCUCUGGCAGCGGCCGCGGCGGGCUGCGGGGCCGCGGCCGGGGGCGGGGGCGGGGCCACGGGCGAGGCACCGUCAAAACCGGGGGCGUGGUUGUGAGCCACGUUCAGGUGGCGGCGCUCAAAGUAAUGCAGAAGUAUGUGCGGGGCGGCGUCCCCCGGGGGGCGCUCGGCGGCGGGCGCGGCUUCCGUGGCGGCCGAGGCUCUCGCGAGCUCAAGAACCUUCUUACGCCUCACCUGCCCGGCCGCCCCACGCGGACGCUGUCGAGCGCAGGCCAGGCAUCCGUGGGAAGCGGCAGCAACAGCGCGACGGCGGGCCUGGCGGGCGCCGGGCGGCGAAAGACGUUGGACGCUGGCGGGGCGGCGCCGUCAACCACUGGCGGCGUGGCCACUGCUGCUGCUGCUGCUGCUGCUGCGCAGAAGCGUGUUGAGCCGCCAGCGCCGCCGCUGCCGGUGCCCACGGCCGCUGAGGUGGCGGCGCGGUUGGCCUACUACCGCAGGGAGGCCGCGCGCCCGCUGGUGGACGUGAGGUCACCGGCGCUGCGAGGUGAGCAGGAGGUUGUGGGGCGGCAGCUGCCGGCCUCGCGCAGGACCAAGCCGAUGCUGGAGCUUGCGGAGUUCAUGGCCAGGACGAAGCGGGCCAAGGUGGCGCACCCGCUCAACGCGCUGCGUAAGGGCCUGCGCCGGUCCACGAAGCCCGCCCCUGGCACCGAGGCGCCGACAUUGGAAGCCCUCGCCGCGAAGGCCGGGCCGGCUGUAGGGCCGGGAAAAACAGGCAAGGCGGCAGAGAGCCGGCGGGACAAGCCAGAAAGCGCGGCGGCCGCAGCGGCCAAGACGGCAGCGACCCCUCCGAAACGAGCUGCAGCAGCGGCCGGGGAGGACGGUGGAGAGGCGGCGGCGGCGGACAGGAAGGGCCGCGCAGCCGCUGCUGCUGAGCGGCCAACGGCAUCUGCUACAUCUGCGGAAGCUGCCGGAGCUGCAGGAGCUUCAAAGCAGGCGCCAGAGGCAGAGGGCAAGGCAGGGGGCAAAGCCGAGCACACGGCAGAGGGUGAAGCGGAGGACAAGGCGGAAUCGGCCGCUGCUGGUAAGGAGCUAUCGCCCGGAGUAGGACCAGCAGCAGCGCGCGCUGCAGCACUGGGUCUUCGCAAGCGACCGGCCUCCGAGGCGUUAGGGACGGACGGCGCUGCGUUCGCGGCGGCGCCCAAGCAGGCAAAAGCGACGGGCGGCGCUGCUGCGGCAGAGGCGGCGCUAGCCGAGGCCAUCGCCAACACGGCUUCUAAUGACGACGGCGGUGCCGGCUCCGCUGCUGCCAAGGACGGGGCGCCGGUUGCGAGGAUUGCCACGGCGGCGGUCCAGCCGGUGGCGGCACCCGUAGCACCGCCGCCGCCGCCGCCAAUCACUAUGAAGCGCGGACCGGGGCGGCCCCCCAAACGCAAGCCGGAAUCGGCUCCAGUUGCUACAGCGCCUGCGGUGGCCUCGCCGCCAGACCCGGCAGCAGCUGCGGCCGCUGCCGGUGCUGCUGACACUCCCGUGGAUGCCGCCGCCGCCAUACAGCAGGCCGCGCCAUCAACCGUGCCGCCGGCAACAGCCGACAAGACGAAGCGGCGCAGUCGCGAGCUCGCCAGCCUCCUAAGUAAGCAGGCGCGAGCCAGGAUAGGCAACAGGCCCUCGGCGGCAGUAGCCAUGGCGGCGGCGGCGGCGGCAGCGUCUGGCGAUGCAGCCGGCCCCAGCGCCCCGUCUAUUGUGGUGCUGGAGGUUGGCGGUGCACGUGCGAAAGCUGGAGCGUCUGUACAGGGUAAGGGCGUAGCGUCCGGCGCGGAGGCUGCGAAGACGGCGGUAGCAGGGAGGGCGCCGGCUGCUGGUGCUGGUGCUGCUAGGACGCCUGGACUCCGGCUGGCGGCGGCUGCGGCGGAGGCGGCGACGCUAGGGCUUCUCGUUAGCCCGGGCCGCCGGGCGGCUGCAACCGCUGCUGCCAAGGCAAUCACGGCAGCGGCGGAGCUGGAGCUGCCUAAACCGAGGGGCUCGGUCCGGGUGGACAAGUUGUCCGUGCUCAAGCACCCGCGCCGCGUGGGUUCGUCACCAAUGGGCGCUGCAGCAGGGCGGCUUGCAAGCUCGCUCGCGUCACCGGGCGUCCGUGGGCGGAAGCCGGCCACCGCCAGCGCUCCAGCGUUAGCCACCAAGGGAGUCGCUGCUACCAGUAGGGCCGCAGCUGCAAAGCCUGGUGGGGCGCAGGCGGUAGUAUCAGGCCCUCAGCGCGCGCCAGCGGCCGCUGCCUCGGGUGGCGUGGCCGCAGCCGCCGCAGGCAUUGCGCCAGAAGCCAACCUCGCCACCAGCCUGCUGCGGUUUUCUGCGGCUGCAGGCGCGUUCCACGCAGCUGCGCUGGCGCUGCCGGGCAUCCCGCCGGCGGCACGUGCGGCCGCGACCGCCGAAGACCCGGUGCUGGGACCCCUGGCGACGGCGAUGCAGGCGGGGUCGCCGCAGGAGAGGCUGGUGCUGCUGGUGCGGCUGCAAGAGAUGGCAUCAGCCGCCGCCCGCAGCCUGGCCACAGCUGCACUGCGGCCGCCGGUGUUGGGCGGACGGUCGCAGCUGAUGCUACUGCCGGCACCACAACAGGACGCCGCGGCGACGGCAGGCGGUGCGGCGGGCGAGGGAGCGGCGGCGAUGGUGGCUGACGGUGGCACUGGCGCGGCGGCCAGGGCAGAGCCUCCGCGUAGGUCAAGGACGCAGUCAGAGGCGAGCAAGCGCCCUGCCAGCGGGCGCCCGUCUGCCCGUGCAGCGGCGGAGGCUGCUGCUGGCGCUGUAGCCACUGUCAGGGAAGGUACCCAAGCCGCCUCCACCCUGGCCCCUGUCAGCCAAGGCGCUCAGGAGGAGGCGGGUGAAGCUGCGGCCGCGGGUGCAGCAGCGGCUGGAGCCGUGGCAACGAUUGGCGCCCCUGCCGUUCCGGAGGAGGGAAUGACCCAGGACGCUGGCGCCGUGGAAGCUUCUGUCGCAGCGGCGGUGGAGACGGCUCCGGUCGGCAGCAAGCGGCAGCAGUCUCAGGGCCGGACACCGAGCAAGCGGCAGCGCGGCAGCAAUGAGACGGCUUUGCUGCCGACGCAGUCCGCGACGGGGGGCAGUGUGAGCCGGCGGAGCGGCACAUCCGCCACGGCCGAAGCACUUGCUCCGGCACCAGACGUUUGCGGUUCGGGCCUCCAGGCGGAGGCGGCUAUGGGCAUGGAUGCACAAGCCAAAGGCUGUCAAGCGUCACUGCAGGAAGCGGCUGCGGACCUGGCGGCAGCUCAGGGGCAAAUGGACCCCACUUCGCCGCACGCCCUGCGGAAACUGGCGUCAGCAGCGAUGCAUAUCCAGGAGGCAGAGGCGGAGGCGCACGCAGUCAACCUGGCGCAAGUAGCCGAGGCGGCGGAAGCUGCGGCGCAGCCGUCAGCCGCGCGGCCGACGGCGUCAGCUCGGCCGGCAGCGUCUGCACGCCCUGCCUCGACAGCGCAGGACGCUGGCGGCGGCGUCAUCACGAGCACCGUGCUUGCAAACGCCAUCGCCGCCGCCACCGCCGCUGCGGCUGCAGUUCGCAACGGGCUGCCGCAGCAGACCGUGGUGGCGGACGUGGGUGCGUAUGCAGCGGCUCUGCCGCUGCCGCUGCGUGAAGCCGCGCCGCCGCCACGGGAGAACGGCGCUGUGACCCUAGUGGAUCCUGAGCCCGGGGGGCUGCAGCCGCGCCGCACACGGCCGGUCGCAUCUUCCCGCGCACCGUCGCUGGGUGGUCGCAAUGAGGCUGCGGACCCAGAGCGUACAGCCGCCGAGGCCGCGGUCAGCGGCGCCGCCGGGCCGGCAACCUCCGGGUCGACCGGCCGGCGGCCCACCACCUCGGUCCCCGCAGCCACGGCACGACAGGCACAGCAGUCGCCGCAGGUGCAACAGCAGCAGCCGGCGCUGCGGCGCGGCGGGCGGCCGGCAUCCGCGCAGACGUCCGUUGACGGCGCGGCACGUGACGCCGGGGUGGAGGAGGUCGCGGCCGGCAGUAGGCCGCUGCCGGUGCCGGUGCUGGUGGACCUACAGGCGCAGGCGCAGCCGCUGCCGCCCAACGCCCUGCGUGGCCUGCCGCCGCUGCAGGUGCCCUUCCCUCAACAGCCCGACCACGCUGCCUCCAGCGCCGCCGUGAUGCAUCGGCUGCAGCUGCAGCUGCUGCAGCAGCAGUUGUACGGCUCAGGGCCGCAUGACGGCGGCGGCGCACCAUACCUUGCAACUGGCCGCGGCGGCGGCGGCGCCGGCGGCGGCCGUGCGUCAGCGGUGGCGGCUGCCGCCGCCGCGUACGGCGCAGGUGCUGGGCUGCUUCCCGGAAUGGAUAUGGACUUGGGCGGCGCCUCCCUGUACGACACACUAGGUCUGACGCAGGCGCCUGCUCAGCAGCAGCAGCAGCAGCAGCAGUUCCAGCUGGCGCCUCAGGGACAGCCCUCGCAGCAGGAGGCGGCGCGCCGCCGCAGCCGCCCGCUGCGCCCCGCGUAUGCGCAGCAGCAGCAACAGCAGCAGCAGCAGAUGGCAUACGUGGGCAACGCCGACGGCCAGGGGAUGGAGCUGGACAUGAGGGGGGCGCUUCAAACGGUCGGCGUGGCCUUUGGCGCACACGCCGGCGGGGCACAGGGCUACGGGCUCCCGGGACCACACCUGAACCUUAUUCCGCUGGUGCGCGGCGGAGGCGGAGGCGGAGGCGGCGGCGGCGGCUUUGCCAUGGCUGGCGGCGGCGCGGGGGCUGGGGGCUACGUGCAGUACGGCGAUGGGUACCGCGGCGGUUGCCGUGGUGACUUGGACUUGGGGCCCGAGGAUGACAUGACGCAGGGCCUGGACCUGGCGCCAUUUGGCGGCGGCGGAGGCGGUGGCGGCUACGGACCGCUUGGCUUCCUGGCGCCUCGCGAGAGCGAGUCCUACCCUCGCAACAUGCGCGGCGGGGCCGCGCUGCCCCUCGAUGACUACUACAGUCAGCAAGCAGUUGCGGACCUCACAGCCACACUGGGCCACUACCAGGCGGCGGGAAUGCUGUUGGGCCGCGGCGGCGGCGGCAAUGCCGGGGCCGGCGGCGCGGCGCCGAUGCGGCAACCCGGCGGGCAGCGCGGCUACGGAGGCGGUGGCGGCGUGGGUCCGCAAAUGAACGCAACCGCGCAGCUGCAGCUGCUGCUGGCGAGUCAACAGUCCGGCGAUGGCAGUCUGGUGGCGCUGGAGGCGGGAGGCGCGGCAGGCGGCGGCCGGCUAGGGCAGGCGGCGCAGGGGCCGGGAGGCGGUGAGGCGGGGCCGCAGGGGCGGGCUAGCAUGGCGGGUAGUGUAGAUUUGGGCGCAGGCGCGGAGUACCGCGGGUAUUGAGAGUGUGCUGCAGCGUUUGCGGCUGCGGGCGUUGGGUGUGUGAGAUGAUGCGUGGUCUAAAUGGCACCGAGCACAGGCCGGGAGGCCGCAGCAGUGGCUACUCGGGGUGCGAUCCGGGUGCAGCCCUCGGCAUCCAUGAGUAUCGCCGCGUGCUGUGGGCGCCUGCGCUUGCUGGGAGCAUUGUGCGGGGUGUUGCCUGAAUUGAGACUGGAGGUUUGCAGUGUGGGGUGGAUUGCAUGCAUGUGCGGCGGUUUCGCUCUUCAGAUGUCUAUGACGGUGGGUCGAGCCGGGGCACAGGUGCGGUGGGGCAGGUGUCUGGGCGAGCAGCUGAAGAUCGGAGACUGGCUGAGGCUAAGAACGUACGUGUGCGCAUGAAGUCUUCGGGGCGGUGGCUGCGACUUGGAAUGGGCUGUGUUGCAAAGUGCGGUUCAUGAGAGAACCUGGGUCAAAGCGUUGAAGCGCGCAUGGUUUGGGUUACGGUAGGGCAGUUCCCGCUAGUGCUGCAAAGAGGUGCCGCUCCGAUGUUGGGCAGGCGUGCACUUGUUGGGGCACGGGAAUAUGAUGACUGCUUCACAGAGAGGUAUGAGCUUCGGAGAAGGCCGGUGUUAACGACGAAGUGGUGCAUGGCACGGAGUCGAAGCGCCUCGUAUACCGCAGCUGCUGCUGGUCUGGUAGCAGGACCUGCCGUUUUGUCUUUCUCUCUCUUACUGAGUGUUUAUGUUUUGCGUAGCUAGCUAAUACGGUAUUAUGAACCCGUCUUGUGGCUUGUUGCUUCGUGCACUGUCGUGUGAGACUUGAUGAGACGCCUGACAACCGCCGCUAGGUUGCCGUGUGAGACUUGAAAAGACGCCGAACGGCCACUAAGGUAGCUGUGUGAGACUUGCAGGGACGCCGGAUGGCCACUAGGUUGCCGUGUGGGGCUUGAGUUUGAUGAGACGCCUGACGGCCACUAGGUAGCCGUGUGAGACUUGGGGAGACGCCUGACGGCCUCUAGCCCGCUAGGUUGCCGUGUAGACUUGAAGAGACGCCGAACGGCCACUAAGGUCGCUGUGUGAGACUUGCAGGGACGCCGGAUGGCCACUACAUUGCCGUGUGGGGCUUGAGUUUGAAGAGACGCCUGACGGCCACUAGGUUGCCGUGUGAGAUUUGGGGAGACGCCUGACGGCCACUAGCCCGCUAGGUUGCCGUGUGAGACUUGAAGAGACGCCGAAUGGCCAGUAGGUUGCCGUGUGAGACCCUGUGAGACUUGACCCUGAAGAGACGCCUAACGGCCACAAGGGUGCCCUGUGAGACUUGGAGAGACGCCUAAUGGGCAGUAGGUUGCCGUGUGAGACUUGAAGAGACGCCUAACGGCCGCUGGGUUGCCGUGUUAAACUGAAGAGACGCCUAACGGCCUGUAGGUGUGUCAUGACCAGCUGCCGGUUCGAGCCUAGCGCGUCACUAGU